GAGGGGGAUGGCUGAAACGGUAGCGAGAGAGAGGAAGAUACUGGUGGCGGUGGACGAGAGCGAGGAGAGCAUGCACGCCUCGUCGUGUUGUCUCAAGAACGUCGUCUCCGAGAACUCCAAGGACACCCUCGUCCUCCUCUACGCAAAGCCCCUUCGUUCUGCCUACACAGCCCUCGACGGCACAGGGUACUUGUUUUCCUCGGACAUAGUGGCCACCAUGGAGAGGCACAACAAUGAGAUGGCCGACCGUGUUAUGGCCAAGGCUAAGAAGAUCUGCCAUGAUUUUGGUGAGGUCGCGGUGGAGACGAGAGUGGAGAAUGGGGAUGCAAGAGAUGUAAUCUGCAGCGUGGCGCAGAAGUUGGUGCCUGAUGUUUUGGUGAUGGGGAGCCAUGGUUACGGUCUUAUAAAAAGGGCCUUUCUGGGGAGCGUGAGCUAUCACUGCGCUCAGAACGUCAAGUGUCUCGUGCUGGUAGUGAAGAGGCCCAAAACCAGCAGGAACAACUGAAACUCGAUCUAUACUUCCUGUGUUGUGUCCUAGUCCUAGGUUGU